AUGCGUGGCGUCUCGAUCCUGGUGCUCUACGCCGCCAGCCUAGUCUCGGGUAGUGUUCUGCCCAGAGACGCGGCUGGCAACGUUGCCAUUGUUGCCCGUGGUGGAGGUGGAGGUGGAGGCGGCGGCGACGAAGGUGGAUGGGGAGGAGGAGGUGGUGAUGAUCAUGGCGGCCAUGGCGGCCAUGGUGGAGGUGGCCACACUUCUGCAGAGAGUACUCCUUGCGAAACUGAUACUCCAACGCCCACCUCGACUCCAUGCGAUACUACUACUACGGCGCCGCCGCCGCCAACUAGUACGCCGUGCGAUACUACUACGACGACGACGCCUCCUCCAACCAGUACGCCAUGCGAUAAUACUACUACGACGACGACGCCUCCUCCAACCAGUACGCCAUGCGACACUACUACUACGACGACGCCGCCGCCAACUAGUACUCCAUGCGAGACGACCACCACUCCAACCUCUACUCCAUGCGAGACGACCACCACUCCAACCUCGACUCCAUGCGAGACGACCACCACUCCAACCUCGACUCCAUGCGAGACGACCACCACUCCAACCUCGACUCCAUGCGAGACGACCACCACUCCAACCUCGACUCCAUGCGAGACGACCACCACUCCAACCUCUACUCCAUGCGAGACGACCACCACUCCAACCUCUACUCCAUGCGAGACGACCACCACUCCAACCUCUACUCCAUGCGAGACGACCACCACUCCAACCUCUACUCCAUGCGAGACGACCACCACUCCAACCUCGACUCCAUGCGAGACUGAGACGGGCACUCCUCCUCCAACCUCAACUCCUUGCGAGACUUCUACCCCAACUGGUCCUCCCCCUACUUCCACUCCCUGCGAGACUGAGACGGGCACUCCUCCUCCAACCUCCACUCCCUGCGAGACUGAGACGGGCACCCCUCCUCCAACCUCCACUCCAUGCGAGACUGAGACGGGCACUCCUCCUCCUACCUCGACUCCCUGUGAGACUGAGACGGGUACUCCCCCUCCUCCUCCCGAGAGUACCACCACUUUCACCACUGUGUACAGUACCACUUCCAGCAUUGUUCCUCCCACGAGCUCUGCUUCUCAGCCUACCGAACCGGCUCCCGUUCAGUCCUCGCCGGCUGUCUCUGCUGUGACCAGCUCAGUCCAGACUACCGCGCCAGUGGCUCCCGCUACCACCAGUCCUGUCUUCAACGGAGCUUCUUCUCAGUUCCAGCAAUCCCUGACCGGGCUCGUCCCCGCUCUGGCUGUCGUUCUGGCCCUGAUCUAA